AUGAACACAAGUACAGCAAUUUUGUUAGUGCUGACAAUAGGUUCUAUAUUUGUACCAGGGGAAUUUUCUAUUCCUACAUGGGUAGAGUAUAUUGAUGAAAUUAUCUUGCAAAAAACUGGUAUUCCAAUUCAUCAUUUUAAGCUUUUAGAAUGUCUUAUUUUUUCAUAUCCUCUUGCUGAUGUUUUGAGGAGUAUUCCUGGAAGAAUGUCUUUUGUACGUAAUAUUUUCAAUAUUGUUAUUUCUCUUGUUUUUUUGAUAAUGAUUUUUAAUCUUUGGUACGGUGUCCAAACAGUACUGAUUAGUACAACAUUUGCAUAUAUUAUUGUUCAGUAUGUUAAAGGUCGUUUUAUGCCAUAUGUUGCUUUUUUUUUUUUGAUGGGGCAUUUGAGUAUUAAUCAUCUUUACCGUCAAUAUGGAAAUAUUGAUCAAAAAUUGGAUGUUACAUGUGUACAUAUGGUACUUUGCAUGAAGUUAACUGCAUUUGUUUGGAAUUUUUAUGAUGGACAACAGGAUGAAUUAACAUUGACACCAAAACAAAAGGAAUACGCUUUAAAGAAACUUCCAUCUCUUUUAGAUUUUUUGGGUUAUGUGUUUUUUUUUCCUUCUUUUUUUGUAGGACCUUCUUUUGAUUUAGCAGAUUAUCAUCGAUGGUUGGCGAGUGGUAUUUCUGCAUCUAAAGAAAAUAACUUAAAUGAGUAUCAAAAGCGGUUAAUUUGGAAUGAUCGACGUUACUCGGUGAAAAAACUUUUUUCUGGUUUGUUUUAUCUCUAUAUGUUUCAAUGGAUGAGUUUACGUUAUUCUACAACUUUCGUUUAUGAGGAUCAAUUUUUUCAAAUGACAUGUAUUCAAAGAUUUUUAUAUUUGUAUCUCUUAGCAUUCACACAUCGUUUGAAGUAUUAUGGUAUUUGGAAGCUUGCUGAAGGUGCAUGUGUUUUGUCUGGCUUAGGAGAUUCUAUAAGAGAUUCUGAUGGAAACAUUACUCAAUGUUUUUUUGAAAAUAUUAGUCCAUAUGGUUUUGAGACUGCCCAGAGUACUAAACAAUUGCUCGAUUCUUGGAAUAAAGGUGCAAAUCGAUGGUUAAAGUAUUAUGUCUAUUUAAGAAUUGUAUCACAUAAUAAGAAACGGAAUGCUGUAGGUUCCAUUGUGACAUUUAUGACAAGUGCUUUAUGGCACGGAUUUUAUCCGGGUUAUUACUGUAAGGAAAAUAUUGCGGUUGCUUUUUGCAAUCUCAAAAAUUUACUAUCUUUUAUGACUGGCGCAUUUGCUCAAAUUUUAGGAAGAUAUCUUAGAAAAUAUCUCAGACCGCUAUUCCUAACUCAAGAUAUGCAGCCUACAUCGUAUAAAAUAGUUUAUGACAUCUUAUCAUGGCUUACGACUCAAAUGACAUGGGCAUAUAUAGUACAACCUUUCGUCCUUCUUAAUUUGCGAGAUUCUUUAUUAUUUUGGAAAAGUUAUGAUGUAUAUUUUCGUCAUUGGUUUUAUAAUACUAAUAUUUUUCUAGUUCUUUGUGCAUAUUGGCAUUUUUUGUCUAUUUCUUUUAUUCUUAAGUCCUCUUCGUGUAUUAUUGGCGCAAUUUUCAUUAAAAAAAUAGUUUCAGAUGUUUUUCUAUAUUGA